CGUUAAUCUUCUCUUUCUCCUUCUCCAUCCCUUAUUUCUCUCUUUUAUCAAAUCAUGAGCUCUUUCGGUGGCCUUUUCGUCGGAUAUACAGACUCGUAUGACCUGCACGUCAAAACAGGUCAAGCAAUGAUUGCACUUAGUGCGGUGACGCUUAUUGCGGGUGUAGUGCAGGGAGUUCGCCAUCGUAAACCCCUGCCUUUAUACAUUCUCGCAUGUUUGGGAGCCUUCACGUAUCUGCUGCAGGCUGCGAUUACCGGAAGUCUCAAUCAAUCUAUGGGAGAACUCGAAGGAAUGUUUCCUCCGGCCAUGGCGGCAUACUUUUUUGGAUCCAUCUUCCCACCUAUUGCAUGGAUCAUUGUGUUUUACACAUUUCAAGCUGCUCUUCCUGCAGGCGAGGGUCGCAAGGUGCUUUGGGGCUUCGCUAACACCAAACUUAUCAGUACCUUUCUUGGCUAUCUUUGGGCGUUUAUCAUCAUCGUUGCAGCGGUCGGAUUUGCAGGCACUGCUGGUUCUAUCGUGAACAGGGGAUCAAUAAGCUAUAGCACGUAUCGACAAGCUCUGAAUGCCUACCAUACUGCUCAGUUUGUCAACUACGGUCUAUGGGCUUUCUGGGCCUUUUUCAUUCAUCAGAUGUGGGAAUCCUAUGCCUAUGUUCGUCCUUUCCUGUACACGUUUGCCGGAUAUGUCUUUUUGGUUUUUCUCAUUGUUGUUGGUCGAACAGUGGCAACGUCAAGUGCAGGCGAUGAAUCCGCUGCCGUCAGUAUCGAAGCGGUAAAUUUUGUUUUGGCUCAGCUUUUCGGUCUCUUUGCCCUUGGUAUUGUGAUUACUGUUGGCCAUACAUGGACAGUUUCCGAAGGUAGCAGUAAGCCUGUUCUCCCAGUCACCACAGAGCAAACCACAUCGCCAUCUGCGACUACACCUGCUCAGCAACAUGCAAGCCCAUCGUCUGACGCAGCAGCUGACAAGACGGAGGUCAAUGCCUAGUUACAUACUAUCCUACUACGUACUAUUGCAUAACCGUUUAGAAAGUUAUUAUCACCACCUAUUCUUCUCUUCUACUUGUACUUCCGUAUAAAUUACUAUUGCUGCAUUUACACAUUACUAUAGUGCUAAUCCAUUUGUACUUCUUGCUUAUAUCAAUAUAUUUCUCUUAACAUGUACUACG